UUGUUUCAAACUUAAAUACAACCAUGGACAUAAGAAAUAAAAAGUUUGGGAUCAAAGAAACAGUUACACAGCUUUAUCAUUUCCAAGCAAGUGAGCACAUAUUGCUAACUUGGAUAGCCUCAGUUCAUGAAAUCAAGAAUGUUGAUUGAAUUCUUUUUUUUUUAAUACUAAGCCAAUUUGGAUAACGUCAGUUCAUGUCGUCUAUCUCUAUACAUAUAUAAUGAAAUAUACAAUCUUAGAGAACACAGAAAAAAAAAAACAUAAGAUGGUUAAAACUGUGAUUUGGUUAGUAAUUUCGAUUUAUCUCUUCUGCUAUGUAUCAUCAAAGAUACAUAUAUACGUACACUUUUCUCGGCUACAUAUGUUGUAGUUAUUACUUAUUACUUUCAAUUUUCUUUGUUCAGAUUUUUGUUUUUGUUUUCUAGUUGGUGGGAAAGAAACAAGAGAAAGGGUUUGGGAGAAAAAGUUGACCUAAGGGAGGAAGAUUGCCACAGGACGCAGUAAGUCAAAGGUUGCAAAAUCAAGAUCACCACCAAGUCAGAGGAAAUGAAGGGAAAGAAGAUGGUGAAUUUUUUUCUUAAUAACUGUGUUUGUAUGAUAAAUUAAAAAAAAAAAGAAGAUAAUCUUAAACUAGAAAAAAUAAUAAUAAUACCCUCUCCCCAUAUGUUUUUGUGCAUUUAGAUCAAAUGAAAUUCCCCAAGGAACUAAAAAGAUUGAAAUAUAGAGGUUUGGUUGAGAAGGAAAAUAAAAAGUGAGUUGACAAAGUCCACUGACCACAAGUAUCUUGUCAAACUGCAGGUCCCGUUAUGGAAUGAAACAGAGGAUCCUAGUUUUGGCAAUUUCUUUGUUGGUUCACAAUACUUGUGGUCAGUGAAUCCAUUCUUUUUUCUGCAAAACUUGAUCAACACGCCAUUGUUUUUUAGUCAUUUCUUUUCUUUUUAUCAUGAGUGUAAGGAGUACGGUAGCCUUCUAUGCAAGUGUUAUGAAAGAUAUUCUCUCAGUCGCCUGUCAGAGACAGAGUAAGCCAAGUCCUCUACAAGUCACUGCAAAAGUUAAGAGGUGAAAUCUCAGAGACAUUUCAUUCAUCAUAGUCGCGUAUAAAUAAAAGGGGUAGACGACGACAAAAACUAUACUUGUUACUUGCUUGUCUAAUCAUUCAUUCAUUCAUCAAACUGUAGCAUAAAGAGUUUGGGAUCAAAGAGACGGUUACAAAACAAGCUUAAUUAUCUACAAGAAAGUGGGUACUGAUGUUUAUAAGCAAAAGCAAUGUCAAAUUGUAUUCCCCUAAAAGUCACAAGACAUUUAUUUUCUUUGUCAAUUUUUUCCAUUUUUAAAGCUUGUUUAUGUUUUUAAAUAGUGGUUAAUAAUGGUUGAUCCUAUACAGUUAUGAAAUAAUUACAAUAUAUUAAGUUAUUUAAGCAUCAGGAUCCGUGGCGCAAUGGUAGCGCGUCUGACUCCAGAUCAGAAGGUUGCGUGUUCGAUUCACGUCGGGUUCAAAACUCCCGAAAAUGAUCCUUAACUUUUUUACUUCUUUACAUAAACAGCCCCCAUUGUUUUCUGGCUUUUUUUUUUUUUUUGUCAUUGAUUCAAUCUAAAGGAAAAAGUACCACGAAUACAAACUGCAAACAAAAUGAGAAAGACAACACCAGUAGGUUCUUUCUUAAUACGCCCUCAAAUAUAUUUGUUUGUAUCUGUGAGAACGUUAGCUACGAAGACAAUCUCAGCGUCCUCUGUCAGCUUCAUAUAAGGAGUAUACUAAGGCAGAUAUGAAGGAGCAUGUGCAGAUGCUGAUGGAAAAGAUGGAGAAAGAUGGAAUUGUACCUAACAAGAGAUUCUUCUUGGAAGCUCUUGAAGUUUUCGGGUCAAGACUACCUGGUUCGAUCGAGCAAGAAUGAACUCAACUGGAUCGAGCAGGACACGAGAAAGUGACUAAAGAUUUAACUGUUUAGUCAUUGUAAAGAGUAAAAUGUAAUGUUGGAUAUAUUUUUAAUAUUUUUUUCGUUAUCCUUUAUGUAAAAGAAAAAAUAACAAAUCUAAAUAUAUUUUUAGACUGAUUAAUUCAUUAGUCAACCGAAUGUGUUAAGUUUUUCUUCUUCUUGGGAAUCAAAUGUAAUUAGUAUAGAGUUUUUUUUGGUUAAUUAAACAUUUUCAGUAUUUUUUUUAAAAUGAUUCUAAGACCAUCUUCAAUCCACUUUUAUAUUUCUCUUUAUAUUUUCUUUUAAAACAUAAAAACUCUAUUAAGGCCAUGGAUCUGCUCCAAUAUAUGCUUUUAUAAUAUAAUUUCUCUAUUUUUAGGAGAAAAUAUUGAGAAAUAUUAUUUUAUCUCUAAAAGUAGAGGCAAAACAACAUAUAAAUAGAUGAAUUGUAUCUUAUUCUAUAAAUAGAUGAAUUGUACUAUAGAUGCAUAUAUUGGAGAAGAAAAUAUAGAAAUGUGCAUUGAAUAUGUUCUAAAGGUAAAUAAUCUUUUUCAGAAAGGGUAUUCAACGUUUAUACCUUUUUCUAAAGGUAAAUAAUCUUUUUUUCUAAAGGUAAAUAUCAUAGAAAAGGUAAGGUAUUCAACAUUUUCAGUAAUUGACUCAUUUAAUUUUCUAUUUAUUGGAAAGGUCAAACAUUGUUCAAAUUCAAUGUAAAACUACUAGUGACAGGGGGAUAAUAGCAAGUUGUUAUAAGUGUAGCAUAUUACGUAUACAGAUAACUUUUGAUUCUGGUUGAGAAUAGGUUCUAACUUUGUGUAUAAAUACCUUGUAAGUUGUAUGGUUCUUGAUAUAAAAAAAGUUCCUUUCAUCUUUAAUUACUCUCUAUGUAAACGAACCUAAGAUCAUCAAUUUUUUUUGUGUCAUCGGUGUUUAAUCUUUUUUUUUUAUUCUUCAUCAGUGGUAGCAAUGUGGCUUGUUCGAGCAGGGACGAUCGCUAUUCUCAUAAUCGCGUUUCUGCAAAUUGCUGCGGCUAAGAAAAGACCGCACAGUAUUGUAAAGUAUCAUGGUGCAGUCGCAACAGACGAUGGACGGUGUUCUAAAAUAGGAAUGAAAGUUCUUCGUCAAGGAGGAAACGCUAUUGAUGCUUCUGUGGCCGCUGCUUUAUGUUUGGGCGUUGUGAGUCCAGCUUCUAGCGGUAUAGGCGGUGGAUCGUUUAUAGUGGUUAAGAUGGCUAGUGGCAAGGAAGUAGCUUAUGAUUCUAGAGAAACUGCUCCUCUCCGUGCCACUGAGAAUAUGUAUGGAGGCAAUCUUGAUCUAAAAAAGAGAGGAGCCUUAUCAGUAGGAGUUCCCGGGGAAGUUGCUGGUCUAUUCACAGCUUGGAAACAACAUGGAAAGCUACCGUGGAAGCGGUUAGUUAGUCCCGCAAAGAAACUCGCAGAUAGAGGUUUUAAGAUAACAAAGUAUCUCUAUAUGCAAAUGAACACAACCAGAGACCAUAUUCUAGCAGACAAAGGUCUCUCUAAACUAUUUGUUUCAAAUGGUGAGCUUAAGAAACCAGGAACACUUUGCCGAAACCCAAAACUGGCUUUAACUUUGAGGCAAAUUGCAAAGUAUGGUCCAAAAGCGUUUUAUAAUGGCACGGUUGGGGUUAACCUAGUGAGCGAUAUCCUCAAAUCGGGAGGGAUAAUAACUUUGAAAGAUCUACAAAGUUAUAGAGUUAAUGUUAAAGAACCAUUAUCUAAUGAUAUUCUUGGAUACCGUUUACUCGGGAUGCCUCCUCCUUCUUCCGGUGGUGCUGCUAUGGUCCUUAUUUUGAACAUUCUUUCUCAAUAUGGGGUUCCAUCAGGUGUAUCGGGCUCUCUCGGUGUUCAUCGUUUAGUCGAGGCUCUGAAACAUGCUUUCGCAAUUAGAAUGAACCUUGGAGAUCCAGAUUUUGUUGACGUUACUAAAGUCGUUUCGGAUAUGUUGUCUCCACAGUUUGCACAAGACUUGAAGAGGAAGAUAAACGACAAGAAAACCUUUGAUCCAAAAUAUUAUGGUGGCAGGUGGAAUCAGAUCAAAGAUCAUGGAACAAGCCACUUAUCGAUAAUAGACCAUGAGAGGAAUUGUGUUUCGAUGACUAGUACAAUAAAUGCUUUCUUUGGGGCACUGAUGCUGUCUCCUAGCACGGGAAUCGUUCUGAACAACGAAAUGGACGAUUUCUCGAUUCCGUUGAAGUCCUUCCAUGACUCAGAUAAGCCGCCACCAGCACCUGCUAACUUCAUCCGUCCUGGGAAACGACCUUUGUCAUCCAUGACUCCCACCAUUGUACUCAAGGACGGUAAAGUUAAAGCAGCAGUGGGUGCAAGCGGAGGAAUGUAUAUCAUCGCCGGAACAACGGAAGUUUUCUUGAAUCAUUUUUUACUCAACAUGGAUCCUCUUUCUUCUGUCGUGGCUCCAAGAAUCUACCAUCAGUUGAUACCAAACAGUGUUAAGUAUGAGAACUGGACGACGGCUUACAAUGAUCAUUUCGAGAUACCUAAAGGGACAAGACAUGUGUUGGAGAAGAAAGGUCAUGUCCUAACUCCGUUUGCCGGAGGUACAAUUUCUCAGUUCAUAGUUCAAGAAUCCGAUGGAAAGCUUGUGGCUGUGAGUGAUCCAAGAAAAGGAGGGUUCCCUUCAGGAUAUUGAGAUCGGAUUUGAUUUUUUCUCCUUUGUAUUAUUGAAUCGAAAUGAUUUUUGACAUUUUUUUUUCAGUAAUAUUACUCCAGAGCUUUAUUUUA